AUGAGUCACCCCAAUCCCCAUAUCGACAAGGUCUCCAUCCUGGGGCAGGAGACCAUCUGUCUCGGCUUCCACAUAUUCGACUACCUCCUCCGUGACACCCUCUCCAAUUUCAAGGCCUCGACCUAUGUCGUCGUCACCGACAUCCAUCUCCAACAUCUCUACCUCGACCGCUUCACCCAGGCCUUCCACAAGAUCUCCCAAGAGAUCUUUCCCUCGUCAGCGCCCCGUCUUCUGACCUAUGUCAUCCCCCCAGGCGAAGAAUCGAAAUCCAGAGCCGUAAAGGCCGAGAUCGAGGACUAUUUCCUGGCCCAGGGCUGCACUCGCGAUACGCUGGUCUUUGCGAUGGGUGGAGGAGUUAUUGGCGAUUUAGUCGGCUUUGUGGCCGCGACCUUUAUGCGCGGCAUCCCCUUUGUCCAGAUCCCGACCACAUUGCUCGCGAUGGUCGACUCGUCCAUCGGAGGCAAGACUGCAAUCGAUACGCCCCUGGCCAAGAACCCUAUCGGCGCCUUCUGGCAGCCAAAGAGGAUCUUUAUCGAUCUGUCCGUCCUCGAGACAUUGCCUGAGCGCGAGUUCGUGAAUGGAAUGGCUGAGGUGAUCAAGACCGCGGCGAUCUGGAACGAGAGCGACUUUGUGCUGCUCGAGAAUGGUGCCGAGGCCAUUCGCGAUGCGGUUCUGAAGCCAGUUCGUAACGUCGAGUUCCAAGGUGCGACCUUGGAGACACGCACAACCGCACAACAAUUGCUCCUUCAAGUCGUUAUGGCCUCCGUCGCCGUCAAGUCCUACGUCGUGACCCACGAUGAGCGCGAGGCCGGUAUGCGCGGCUUGCUCAAUUUCGGCCACUCGAUCGGACAUGCCAUCGAGGGUCUCGUCACCCCUAAGAUGCUCCACGGCGAGUGUGUCGCCGUCGGUAUGAUCAAGGAGGCUGAGAUUGCUCGUUACUGCGGAUACCUCUCCCAGGUCGCCGUCGGGCGUUUGACCCGUUGCAUCCAGGCCUACGGUCUCCCCGUCACUAUGGAGGACAAGCUCGUCAAGACCCAUAUUGGUAACCAGUACUGCUCCGUCGAUGAGCUCAUGCAGGUCCUGCGCGUCGACAAGAAAAACAUGGGUAGUCAGAAACGUAUCGUCAUGCUCUCGGGAAUCGGAAAGACACUCGAACAGAAGCCUUCCAAUAUCUCGGACGGUAUUAUUCGCAAGGUUCUCGCAGCUUCGACUGUGGUCCAUCCUCGCCCUGUAAAUGUGGGCCCCGUCACACUGUCGCCUCCUGGAUCAAAAUCCAUUUCGAACAGAGCCCUGGUAUUGGCUGCACUGGGCAAGGGAACCUGCCGAUUAACUGGAUUGUUGCACUCGGAUGAUACGCAGGUCAUGUUGACGGCCUUGACCAAGCUUGGGGCUGCGACCUUUGAGUGGGAGAACAAUGGUGAUACUCUGGUCGUGCACGGUAAUGGCGGCAACAUGCACAUUCCCGACUCGGAGCUCUAUCUCGGUAACGCAGGAACUGCAGCUCGAUUCUUGACCACUGUCAGUGUCCUGGUCCCUCCUUCGGAUGUCGCUGGCCAGAAGACCAUUCUCACCGGCAACGCGAGAAUGAAGCAGAGACCUAUCGCUCCCCUGAUCGAUGCCUUGACCGCUAAUGGAUCCGAACUCAAGUAUCUCGAGAGCAAGGGAUGUCUGCCCUUGGAGGUAACUCCCUUCAGCUAUGGCCUUGCUGGAGGCGAGAUCCAGUUGGCUGCUUCGAUCUCGUCCCAGUACGUCUCCUCAAUUCUGCUCUGUGCCCCCUAUGCUACCAAGGAGCCUGUGACUUUGGUCUUAACCGGUGGUCAGGUCAUUUCUCAGCCCUAUAUCGAUAUGACCAUUGCGAUGAUGAAAUCCUUCGGUGUUGCGGUCGAGGCCCUCCCCAACAACACUUAUCGCAUUCCUCAGGGUGCUUACACCAACCCUGCAGAGUACUUGGUCGAAGCCGAUGCCUCCUCGGCCACCUACCCGCUCGCAAUUGCCGCCAUCACCGGUACCACAUGCACUGUUCCUAACAUCGGCUCGGCCUCUCUUCAAGGUGAUGCAGGAUUCGCUGUCAACGUCCUUCGUCCUAUGGGAUGUACUGUUGUUCAAACCGAGACUUCGACGACUGUUACGGGCCCUCCAAUCGGCACCCUGAAGCCCCUUGCCCACAUUGACAUGGAGACCAUGACGGACGCUUUCUUGACGGCUUCGGUUUUGGCUGCAGUGACCCAACCUGCAACCCCCGGCGGCGAGAAUGUGACAAAGAUCAGUGGUAUUGCCAACCAGCGUGUCAAGGAAUGCAACCGCAUCGCGGCUAUGAUGCACGAGCUCGGCAAGUUUGGAGUGACGACGUCUGAAUUUGACGACGGUAUCAUUGUCCACGGUCACGAUAUUGCCUCAUUGACUCCACCCAAGGACGGUGUCAAGUGCUACGACGACCACCGUGUAGCCAUGUCGUUCAGUGUGUUGGCCAAUGUCGUCCCUGGAGGUACCAUCAUCCGCGAGAAGAAGUGCGUUGAGAAGACCUGGCCCACUUGGUGGGAUGAUCUUGAGGGCAAGCUCGGCGGCCGUGCCUCGGAUAUCGAUCUCGGCCCUCCAUCGGAGCACCAUGACUAUGAGGUUCAGUCGUCAUCUUCAAGCAGCAAGAAGGGUGUCAGCGCCAAGAGUGAUGCUACGGUCGUCGUGAUUGGCAUGCGUGGGGCUGGAAAGACUUCCAUGGGUCAGUUCGCGGCCAAGGUAUUGAGGCGUCCGUUCGAAGAUGUGGAUCAUUACUUUGAGAAGACGCUGUCGACGACGAUUCCAGAAUUUAUCAAGGAACAUGGAUGGCCAGCGUUCCGUGAGCAGGAGGCCAAGAUGCUUAUUGAGUUGUUGGAGAAGCAUCCCACUGGAUAUGUUAUCUCAUGCGGUGGCGGCAUUGUCGAGACGGCAUCUUCGCGCGAGACAUUCAGGAAGUACACGGCCGAGGGUGGAGUGGUCCUGCAUUUGGUCCGCAGUAUCAGCGAGAUCGAAGCGUACUUGAACAAGGACACGACUCGCCCGAUGUACGGAGAAUCGAUGCGCGAUGUCUGGGCUCGUCGUGAGGGCUGGUACCGGGAGUGCUGCAAUUAUGAAUUCGUGGUCGCGGGGCAGCAGCUAAAGGGUAUCGAGGCCGAGGAUGCGAAGGAAUGGGCGCUGGUGGAAUUGAACUUUGAGAGGUUCUUGAAGGUCAUUACCAAGUCGGGCGCCAAGGGCCAGAAGCGCGCAAGCCGGGCACAAAUUGCUGCCAAGCCAACAUUCUUUCUCUCGUUGACCUUCCCAGAUGUCAGCCCUGCGUUGCCGCAUCUGUCCAAAUUGGCGCUCGGUGCAGAUGCGAUCGAGUUGCGUGUGGAUCUACUGAAGGUCCCCGACGUCGAUGUUUCAUUCCGUGAUCAUGUUGCACAACAGGUGUCAUUGCUGCGCCGUCACUCGGACCUCCCGAUCAUCUUCACGGUCCGCUCGGUCUCGCAGGGAGGACAGUGGCCCGACAAUGAUACCCAGGGCAUGGUAUCGUUGCUGAAGGACGGUCUGGAAUGGGGUGUCGAGUAUCUGGAUGUUGAAAUCGGACUGCCCCGCAAUGAAAUUGAUGGGGUGCUGGCAAGGCGGGGUAACACCUUGAUUGUGGCCUCGUGGCACGAUUGCCAGGGUAAGGUCGCUUGGUCGUCCGAGGAGAUGGAGGGCCAGUACCGACUCGCAAAGUCGAUCUCACCCGAUGUGAUCAAGCUGAUUGGCACCGCCAAGUCGAUGAAGGACAACUUUGAGUGCUCCGAGUUUGCGACGAACCAUACUGCAAAGGCCGGAGACCUGCCGUUGAUUGCGAUGAACAUGGGAGCCCAGGGCCAGCUGUCGCGUGUGCUGAACAACUAUUUGACACCCGUGACCCACAAAUUAUUGCCGGUCAAGGCUGCCCCGGGCCAGUUGUCUGCACGCGAUAUCCUGACGGCUCGUCAUAUUGUGGGCUUGUUGCCGAUGAAGCAGUUCUAUCUGUUCGGCACACCAAUUUCGCAGUCGCUUUCGCCUUUGAUGCACAACACGUCGUUCCAGUCGCUUGGUCUCCCGUAUAACUAUGGUCUGCAUGAGACGGCGUCUGUGGAUGAGUCUGUUGUGGAGAGGAUGCGCGCGGCAAACUUUGGAGGAGCGAGUGUGACGAUCCCACACAAGCUUGAGAUCAUGGAGAAGUUGGAUGAGAUCACGGAGGAGGCCAAGGCUAUUGGCGCCGUCAACACCGUGGUGCCUGUGGUCGACGAGAGCAGCGGUAAGACGAUCCUGGUGGGCGAUAACACGGAUUGGUUGGGCAUCCUUUAUCAGAUCAAGCGACACCAAAGCUCGAAGCAGACUGUGCAGCGCGGUCUAGUGAUUGGCGCAGGCGGCACGUCGCGUGCGGCGUUGUAUGCUCUACAUCGUCUGGGUGUGCAGGAGAUCUCGAUCUUUAACAGGACACUGAUCAAGGCGCAAGCGGUUGCAGAUUCAUUCAGGGAGCUGUUUGAGGUCAAGGUGUUGAGCUCGAGCGAGUUGCUGAAGGCUGGAGGCAGUCAGAGAGAGUUUGAUGUGGUGGUGUCGACUGUUCCUGGAACGAUUGAUUCGGCUAGUAUGUUUGACGAGUCGAUCUUUGGAACAAAGAGGAAGGGAGUUGCGGUCGAGUUGGCGUACACACCCAGGUUCACGAGGUUCUUGAAGCUGGCGAGCCAAGCCGGGUGGGCAACCGUUGAGGGAGGACAGGUGUUGAUAGAGCAGGGCGGUUGGCAGGCGCGCAAGUGGGUCGGCAGGGAGUGGGACCUGGAGAGCGUGCAGGCCCAAGUUGAUCUUGCGCAGGCCGGGCGCCAGUAA